AUGGAGAAUGAGGAGCCAUUCCCUCAACGUAAUCUUUCUGAUCAUGCUCUCACGGCUUUGCGACAUUUCUACAGCGAACAGGAUAUGCAAAAGCAACGCUUCGAAGAACUGAAGUCAGUGACAGAACAGUCCAACUCCGCUACUCGAUUUUCUAUGGAUAUGUUUGCUGAAGAUUGGAACGCUAGCCAAUUCUGGUAUAGCGAGGACACAGCCGUAGCCCUAGCAACUGAACUUUUGUCUGAAGCGACGAACGACACACAGAUCGCAGUCAUCUCAGCCCCAAGUGUCUUUGUGCAACUGAAGAACCUACUGAAUGACGAUGUCAUAGCGCAUGAGAGACCUGGUAUCUACCUCCUCGAGUACGACGAUAGAUUCAGUGUCUUCCCCGAGCUCCAUCAAUAUGACUUCCGCCAGCCACUAAAAUUGGAUCCAAGUUUGAAGGGCCGAUUUGAUCGAAUUCUCUGCGAUCCACCAUUCCUGAGUGAAGACUGCCAAACCAAGACAGCCAUAACAGUCCGCUGGCUGGCGAGGACUCGAGGUGAAGAGGAGAAGGCAACGAGCCCGCGUGUUCUAAUCUGCACUGGCGAAAGAAUGGAGCAACUAAUUCAUCGAAUCUAUCCUGGCACGAGAACCACAACAUUCAGGCCUCAUCAUGCUCAAGAUCGCUUGGGUAAUGAGUUUCGAUGUUAUGCUAACUAUGAGAGCAAUUUGUGGGCGCUCGAGUGA